AUGAAUCCCUAUGUACUCACAAUCCUUCUAUCCAGUUUAGGGUUAGGAACCACAUUAACUUUUGCCAGCUCACACUGGCUACUGGCCUGAAUAGGGCUUGAGAUUAAUACUCUGGCAAUUAUUCCACUGAUAGCCCAGCAACACCACCCACGAGCGGUUGAAGCGGCCACAAAAUAUUUCUUAACUCAGGCAACCGCCGCGGCAAUAAUUCUAUUUGCCGCCACCACUAAUGCUUGGCUGGUAGGUGAAUGAAGCAUUAAUGAUAUAUCGCACCCAAUUGCCUCCUCAAUAACUAUUGCCGCUCUGGCAUUAAAAAUUGGGCUUGCACCUAUACACUUUUGACUCCCAGAAGUGCUUCAGGGCCUAGAUUUAGUUACCGGACUGAUUUUAUCUACCUGACAAAAACUAGCCCCACUCGCGUUGAUUAUUCAAGUAGCCCCCACUGUUAAUCCUGUUACGCUCACACUUCUGGGACUCCUUUCCGCACUAAUUGGUGGGUGAGGAGGCCUUAAUCAGACUCAAGUCCGAAAAAUCUUAGCCUACUCCUCUAUUGCGCAUAUGGGAUGAAUAAUUAUCAUUUCACAAUAUGCCCCCCAUCUGACCCUGCUCGCCCUUGGAAUAUAUGUGUUCAUGACAUCCACCGCCUUCCUUUCACUGAAAAUAACAUCGACUACCAAUAUUACCACCGUUACGGCCAUAUGAUCGAAAGCGCCAAUCUUAGUAUCAACCACAGCCCUUGCCCUCCUCUCCCUAGGGGGACUCCCACCCCUAACCGGUUUUAUAGCUAAAUGAUUAAUUUUACAGGAAAUGGCAAAACAACAACUUCCGCUUACAGCAACAAUCAUGGCCUUAGCCGCCUUAUUGAGUCUUUACUUUUAUCUCCGACUGUGUUAUGCCAUAACCCUUACUAUCUCCCCUAGUACGGCUAGUGCUACCGCUCCAUGACGAACUCGGACAACUCAGUCCACGAUUACCCUUGCCUUAUUUACGGUUGUUGCCUUGGGGUUACUGCCAAUUACUCCCGCAGUUAUCACACUCGUUAUCU